GUGUUUCUCUUCUUCUUUCCCGUCCCCCUGCAGCCGAACAAGAGCCCAGCCCCGAUGCACCUCCACUUGAGAGAAACUGGUAAGAAGCUUGAGAUUUUCCCUUCUUUUCUUGUUCAAGGACAAGAUUUAGGACUUAGGACACUCUCCCAAACCCAGAAUUUUCCACAUCUGCACUGUUUCCUUUCCCCUUGCUGUCCGUUGGCUUCUGCUAUGUGUGAUUUCUGGGCAUAUUUUUCAGUAAGAACAGCCAUGAAUCUCCCUUCUCCAGCUUUAAUUGGCUUGGGUUUACCUUAAUUUCUCUUGGUUCUCCAAUUUUGGGUUAAUUCCGUGAGUUCCCCUACAAAUUGCCACCGGCUUCUCCCCCUGCCAGGUCCGGUUCUGCUGGUUGAAAUUCUGGUUCUUGAUCGUUUAGGCAGUUUAGCACUGAGAUUGAGUCUUUGGUUUUAUGCGAGUGAGAAAGCGAAACCGAGGACGGGGAAACCACGAGAAGUGACAAGUUAGAAGGCUAGCCAUUUCGAGAUUGAUAUAGGUUUUAGAAAUAAAUCAUGCUUUUGUAAGAUAGAUUUUACUUUGAAUUUAUGAGAUCAAAAUAGAUUUCGGUCAUUAGAUCAAUUACUUGGAUUUAAGUCAUUUUGGAUAUAGAAAUAAAUUGAGAUAUCUGAUUUAAGUUAUUGGAUUGUCAGAUAUGAAUUGGAUAAGUUUCGAGCCUUGUGCGUUUGUGGGACCCUCUCACGAGUGCACGGCGUCUGUCGCACCUCGAAUUCGGGUUUUGGGGCAUGACAAUUCCCCCCAACAUUCUUUGAUUCUAUGGAACAUCUAACAAUUCAUCUUCCAUAUGAGGCCAAAGUUGGUGGUCCUAUUCAAUUUCGUUAGAUGUACCCAUUUGAAAGGCGCAUGCGCAAACUUAAGAGUACCAUAAGGAAUAAAAAUCAUAUCGAGGCAUCAAUUGUUGAGGCAUUUAUAUUAUACGAGAUAUCCCACUUUUGCUUUCGUUAUUUUGGGGAUGAUGUUGAGAUAAGCUGGAAUCAGCCUCCAAGGAACUAUGGUGGCAUUGGAACCAACGUCCCAAGUAAGUUAUCUGUAUUUUGUUCCCUUGGUGAAUCAAUAGGGGCCCACUCACGUACACGUGUUUAACAUUGGAGGAGAAAGAUGCAACUGAACUAUAUGUCUUGCUAAAUUGCAAGGAGGUUGAUGUUUGGGUAACGUAAGUUUUACUUCUUAGGAAAAUAAGAACUACACGAUGUUUAAUAGCCUAUAUGAUUUUCAUAACGUUUUAAUUAAUAAAUAAAUGUUAUUUUACAGUAAAUUUGAGGAAGAAGUUGGUGCAAAUUUGUCACAUGAACAACUACAAAGAUUGCGAAUAAAUAAUUUUGUUCAAUGGUUUAAAAAUAUGGUGUUUAGUGGAUAAUAUGAAAUCAAUGAACAACUUGUCCACCUUGCAGUUGCCCCGAUCUUUGAAGUGAAUGUUUAUAAUGGGUUCUAUGUGAACGGCUUUAAAUUUUUGACUAAAGAGUUUACUAGUACUAGAAAGACAUAUAACUGUGGUGUUUGUGUUAAAGAAACCACCAUUAAUUCUACAGAUACUGAUUAUUAUGGUGUCUUAAAAGAGGUGAUCGAGCUAUUGUAUUAUGGACACUCAGGCCAUCAAGAGACUAUAAUAUUGUUUAAUUGUGAUUGGUAUGACACGAACCGAGAAAUACGUGUCAAUGUUGAACAUGGAAUUGUUGAUGUCAAUCCAAGGUUUAAACUUUCAACGGGGGGAGCCAUUUUGUCUUGCUAGUCAAGCACAACAAGUUUAUUAUACUCCAUAUCCGGCAGCCACGGAUAGAACUACCCGGGGAUGGUUGGCAGCAUAUAAAACCAAGUCUAGACAUCUAAUUGAGACCUCAUCUACCUCAUCUUCAAGAGAGGUUGAUGAUAUUUUUCAAGAUGAUGACCCCUCCAUUAUGCAAGGCUCUUCAUUAGCUAUAGAUUUAACUACAUACCAAUCACUUCAACUAUGUGCAGAAGGUGUUACAGAAGUUGAGGUUGAUCCUAAUACAUCUGAAGAAGAGGAGGACUAUGGAGAAGAAAAAGAUUCAGAAUCCUCAGGAAAUAGUGAUAAUGUUAAAGAUGGUGAUGAUAGCGAUGAUAGUGAUGAUUAAUUGAAACAUUUGUAUUAUUACUUAUUAAAUAUAUAUAUUAAAAUUUCUUUGUCUUACAUAUAUUGUUUUAUCAAGUUAUAUAUUUUUCAUUUAAAAUAGAAUCAUUGUAUGAUU